AUGCGAUCGAUGUAUCGGCGCUCCGCUAGCUCUCCCCGGGCGACAAUCUCCUCUGGCGCCUGCGCAGUGUGGUCGGGCAAGAUGGCGGCUCCUCCGGGGGCGCUGCACGAAGAGGCUCUGAGGCGGAAGGAGCGCCUGAAGGCCUUGCGGGAGCGGACCGGGGCGGCGGCGAGGCAGAACAAAGAGGAUGGCGCACCUGAGGCCAAGCAGUCCAGAAACGACAACGAAGAGGAAGAGGCACCAAAACACAAGGAGCUGAAGUUGCGGAAUUAUACUCCCGAAGAUGAAGAACUCAAGGGACGGAUGGUGCCUCCGGCCAAGCCGGCCUCAGUGGAAGACAAGGUGAAGGAUCAGCUGGAAGCGGCCAAGCCUGAACCCAUCAUUGAAGAAGUGGAUUUGGCAAACCUUGCACCUAGAAAACCUGAUUGGGAUUUGAAGCGAGACGUAGCCAAGAAGCUGGAGAAACUAGAGAAGCGGACACAGCGGGCGAUCGCUGAGCUAAUACGAGAAAGGCUAAGAGGCCAAGAGGAGAACCUGGCAUCGGCGGUCGAGACUGCAAAACAAGACGAUAGUGAUUCAGACUGAAAUGCUCUUGUGUGUGGCUCAGGCGGACUGCGAAGACGCAUCCUUCACCUUUUUGGACAUAUAGGAUGCAAAUCCACAAGAUAAUGCAGCGUUGGACACAAAGGAGUUUCUCCAUAUAUGUGGGAGAGCCAUUGCAGAGGAGAAUUAAGAGGAAAGGGAAGAGGUGAAUUGCAAUUAUGUGCACACCUAUCUCCAUGGAGGUAAUAUCUCUCCACUCAAGAGACAGUGAAACCAUCUGAACAAUAACAGAAGAGAACCUUAAUUAAUAUUCAUUGCAAAAAUGGCAGGCCUAAAUUGAGAAAUUGCAAGGUGGAUGAGAGGCAGGCCCUUGGAAGUGUAGCAAGUUAUUUGCAAGCUUAACAACUCUGGAACAUUUCCUUUGAAGCACCACAACUCCCAGAAAACUCCGAGCCUUGAAAUAACCUUUCUCUUGCAUUUAGUUUGCAACUUUUUGGUUUUCAUUUUUUACAUGUUUUCCUUUUGAAAACAAAAUAUUGCCACUCCUAAUUUUUAUUCUCAGAUUAUACUGAUAAAUAUGGUAUUAUUUUUUUAAGAAUAAAAAGUUCUAAAAGCAA